AGCAGACAAACAGAGGGGGGCGAAGGACAGCGCCAGUUAGCACAGAGAGAGACAGGCACUCUCAUCAGUGACGGGCUCACUGGCUGCGUGGACAGAGCUGUGGCGCAGGAGGAAGAGGAGGAGAGGUGCAACGGGAGGACAAGCUGCCUGAAAACCAGCGCAAAGAAGAGGAGCAAACCGCGAGAGAGGGAGGAGAGAUCACUGAGGGGAUAGAAGUCAUUCGGAGCAGAGAGAGGAAGCAAGCUGGGUGAAGCUGACAAGGACACAGAGGGAGAAAAAGUGCACAGAGAAGCCUUCGGUGACGGCGGAGAGAAGUGAGGGAGUGCGUGCACAAAGUGGAAAAGAAGAAGAAGAGGAGGAGAAGCGGGAGCCUGACAGGAGGUCGAGCUUACAGGGCUGGACACGAGAGCGAAGCAGAGGAGGAGGGGGAGCGUGAGGGCAGUUGAUGGAUUUGAUGUGGGGAGAGUAUUUUUAGAAGGAGGAGCGGAGACAUGAGAGGCAUAUUGAGAUUCUCUGAUUCUUUGAGUUGGGGAGAAAAAACUAGGAAGGAAGAAGAAGAGAGAGUAUAGGGAGACAGAGAAAAGGGGGAGAGAUGUUGAGAUCAGAGUGUGACAGAACAUAUUAUCUCUAGUCUGGUUUCCCGCAGGAAACCGCUGUGAGUGUGUGUCCGUGAAUGCGCAUGAGUGCCUCCUUCUCCAUGUGAAAGUGUGUUGUAGUAUGUUUCUCACUGUGACUGUGCUGCUGAGAAGCGGGUCGCUACAAGAUGAAGCUACCCCGUGGUUACCCGCAGGACCUAAUGACACUGGUUAAAGCCAAGUUGGGUGAGAGACAAGAAACAGACAAGUAACAUCACAAGGAAGUCUAGGCAUCAAAAGUGAGACCGCAAAGUGGGACAGAAAUGAAAUGAGCAUGGAAGACAUUUGUGAAUUCAAUUAAAGCUUGUAGGCUACUAAACAGUGACAAGGAACUGAUUGCUGCCUCUGGCUCCCGAAACGCCUCAGCAAGCCAGCGAAGCCAAAAAACACAUGCGUGACUCAAAAGAAGAAAAACCACAGCGCUGGAACAAGGCAAGCUCUCCUCUAACAGACUGCACCACACCAACCGAUUCCCUCCGCUGUCGUCUCAUUAUUUUAAUUACCUUCUCUUCUUUCAUUUGUGUUUUUGUCCUCUCUGCUUAGCCCUUGGUGUUUUGUAUUCUAUCCUCCUCUCUCCCUCUCUCUUCCCCUCCCUCUUCCUCUUGCCUUCACUCUCUCUGUCUCAUCCUCUCUUGUUCACUGUCACACUAACUGCGGUGGGCACUGGAGUCACUCGUGUAGAAGACACCUUGCUUGGAGCACAUUUGCCUAGCUGUUUUUGAGUUGGAUGAUUGGAGCACUCUCCGAUCCAGAGACCAGGAUAGAUGACCAACAAGUAGCUUAUGCUGAGUUAAUCAGAGCUCCACCAGGAGAGGAAGGACAACUUCAAAACACACUGAAUUCCUUGUGGGUACUUGUGGGUACUACGUCUGCAUAUAGUAUAUUUACAAUUAAGACUGAGUGGACCAUUAGUAUUCAUUCAAACACAUAUCCAGGUGUGGAUUACAGUAGUGGAUUUAUCCUGGAGCUACAUGUGGGCCCCAGCCCCUGAGGCCUGGCUUGGAUAUGAAGCCUUUCCUGUGGCUGUAGGAGCGCUGUGGGCAGCUAUGGCCCUGGAGGGGCGCUGUCUCCGGCGGGGAUCCCCGGCUAUGAUCAGAAAGGGUCGUCAGCGGCAUCCUAUGAAGCCAACUCUGACACGGAUCACUUCAACUUUGCUAUCAAGGACACGCCUGCACGGCCUGAGGCAGGUUUGCGUCCCUGGUGGCUCUGUGGGCCGCAGGGCCUUCUGGCUACUGGCCCUCUGCACCUCCCUGGGGCUGCUUUUAUCCUGGUCCUCCAACCGCCUACUGCACUGGCUUUCCUUCCCCACACACACACGAGUCCACACAGAGUGGGCCAGAGAACUGGCCUUCCCCACAGUCACUAUCUGCAACAACAACUCCUAUCCCCCUUUUCAACCCCCCCAAAACCCCCCUUUUUUCCCCCCCCCCCCCCUCGCCCUUUUUUUUUUUCCCUUUUGGUGUUUGUGUUUUUUUUUUUUUUUUUUUUUUUUUUUUUUUUUUUUUUUUUUUUUUUUUUUUUUUUUUUUUUUUUUUUUUUUUCUCUCCCCCUUUCUUUUCCCCCUUAAUUUUUUUUUUUUUCCCCCCCCCCCCCCCCCAUCCCUCCUCUCCUCCCCCCCCCUCUCAUGCAAAUACAGAGGAGAGCCAUGCGGCGCUCACAACUUCUCUUCUGUGUUCACCAGGUAUGGGAAGUGCUACAUGUUUAACGCUGCAGAGGAGGGGAAGACGCUCCGCACCACCAUGAAGGGAGGGACGGGAAACGGUCUGGAGAUCAUGUUGGACAUCCAGCAGGACGAGUACCUGCCAGUGUGGGGGGACACAGAGGAUACAGCCUUCGAGGCAGGUGUGCGGGUACAGAUCCACAGCCAGGCGGAGCCCCCAUUUGUUCACGAGCUGGGCUUCGGCGUGGCUCCCGGCUUUCAGACUUUUGUAGCCACACAGGAGCAGAGGCUGACUUACCUGCCUCCCCCCUGGGGAGAGUGCGAGUGGAGGGCUCUGGAGUCUGGCUUUUUCCAGGUCUACAGUAUAACUGCCUGCAGGAUUGACUGUGAAACACGCUACAUCGUAGAAAACUGCAACUGCAGGAUGGUGCACAUGCCUGGUGAUGCUUCUUACUGCACCCCUGAGCAGUACAAAGACUGCGCUGAGCCUGCCCUCGCCAAACUGUCGGCCGUGGAGAGCAGUAACUGCAUGUGCAGGACGCCGUGCAAUAUGACCCGCUACAACAAAGAGCUGUCCAUGGUCAAAAUCCCCAGCAAGACCUCAGCCCGCUACCUGCAGAAGAAGUUCAACAAGUCCGAGAAGUACAUCACAGACAACAUCUUGGUGCUGGAUGUGUUCUUUGAGGCUUUGAACUAUGAGACCAUUGAUCAAAAGAAAGCUUACGAGGUGGCAGGCUUGCUGGGGGAUAUUGGAGGCCAAAUGGGUCUGUUCAUUGGAGCCAGCAUCCUCACCAUCCUUGAGCUGUUUGACUAUGCUUAUGAGGUGGUGAAAGAUAGACUACUGGAUUUACUGAGCAGAGAGGAGGAGGAGGAGAGUCAUGGAGAGGAUGUGAGUUCCUGUGACCCGGUGGCAAACCACUCGGAGUCCAUCAGCCACACUGUGACAGUCCCCCUGCAGACAACGCUGGGCACCCUGGAGGAGAUUGCCUGCUGAGGCCCCCCCGCCUGUGCCCCUCAGAGCCACGCACAGCCAGAGGCUGCCUCCACUGGGUGGCGCUACAUCCUCUGUUAGGGCAUCCUGCAAGACCUGAACAGGGGAGAGGAGGAGAUGAGGACAAGAACAUAAAUUGGCCUAAGGACAGCGGUGUGCUCUGUUACACCGCCCUGUCUGAAACACUGAUGGGGAUUAAGGAGCUGUCGGCUGGACUUAUCGGCCCUCUCUGUCACCCUACACUGUACUGUGGUGGGAGGGUGGCCUCCACUGUGCCAGACCUGCAGUGGGUUCUGUGUCUCCACAUACUGUACACGCACACAGAAAAUCUGAGAAUGGGUGGGACAACUACCCAUAAAGGGGGCUUUCCCCUGUGCAGCAUAUUUAUGUAACAAACACAUUCAUAAGUCGCUCACUGCCAAAUUAACUGUACAAAAUUGGUUUUGAACUGCAUGCAUCGCUCUAUCUUGCUCUCUUCUGCUGAUGCAUACGCUGGACUGCAGUGUUGCUUUACUAUACAUGUGUGCCAUUUGUCUCUCUCUAUCUGCAGGACAGGCCUGUGACAAGGCCUCAGGUGAGAUAUCAAACUUCGAAUGUACAGAUUGAACAUAUGGUUGUUUAAAAUCAUAAUUCAGGUGAUACCAAUCCUUUGAAAAUGUAUUCUAAUGAGCGAUUAUUUCUUUGUUAAUUAUCUUGAAGGGAAAGGUGUUUGCUGAUGUAUGAACAUUACUGAGAAAAAGACAACAACCUUUGUUCACUAAAAACAGUGAAAUCUGAACAUUUUGCAGCCCACAUUUUUGCAUAUUUUUUUCACCUGUCAGUUUCAAUUUAAUCAGUUUACUAAAAGGCAUGUUUGCUAUGUGACUCCUGGGGUGUAAAGCUGUUCCCUACAGACAUAUUUGAAGGGAUGUCAAACUCUUACUGUUAAUUUAUAUGAAUAAAUGACUUCUGGCUGCUGCACCUCACCACAGCACCCCUCUGAAUCAGAAUUUGUUUGCCUGCCAGACAGCAAGCCAUGUACAAACGCUGCAACAAAUGGAUAUACCCACUGUUGUUGAACCAUUAUUUAAUUAAGAGAAUGUCAAAAUGAUAUUUCAAAUAGCUAUUACCACUUUAUCAAGGGUGGAAUCAUUUUGACUUUCAACAAAAACAAAACAACCCCAGGCUUGAUAAUUUUACUCAAUUUUCAUGAUCAUAGAACUUGUUACAAAAGCACCAUGAGGGGGUUCAGCCAGGAUUUUUUUUAGGAUAAAGGGUCUGCUGUGAUAUGGUGUAAAUAUCUAGGAUUUUUUUCUCAUAUCAAUGGGUACCACGCAGAUGUGCCCAAAGCAGAUAUAAUUUAAAAGAACACCAACUUCAAGUCCAGAAGUGACUUCAUAUUUGUCACAUUUUUUCAUAAUGUUACUCUUUCAAUAGGUGAGAAUGUUAUGUAACAGGCAGUAGCAUUUUCAGGGCAGUUCAAUGUCAUGCUAAUCACACUUUGCUACAAACACCAGGCUUUCUUUCCAAAUCAGGUCUAUCUGAGCCUUCAGUGUUCUCAGAAACAACAGUAACAUAUAAACGGCUUUACACCAAAAGUUUGUGUAAGAUCAUGUGGAAGAUUUAGUGUAUCUGAGUCCAUGAUCAUCCUAGCUUGGUCUUUGUCAUCAUGGUAAUGUACAUUACAGGUAGGAAUGAAUUCAAGUGCUUUGUGAGACUGUUUGAAUUAUGAUUUCCCAUCUGUGGCUCAACCUGCUGUGUGUACUAUCUCAUGUUGUGGCUUCAGAUGAACAAAAUUCUUAGCUGACCUGCAGGGGUGUGAGACAAACAUGUCUCGCUUCUCUUGAUGACCACGACACUGGCUGAUUCUUCUCUCUACUUUGGCUUCAAUUGUUAUCGCAGGACAGCGUUUUCUCAUUUUGUGAUGCAGCAUACAGUGUGUGUUUUUAAUGUGAAACAAAUUAAAAAGUUGUUUUGCAGUGGUGGCGUU